GCACCUGUCAAGCCGUUGUCGGCAUCACGUCAACCAACUGAUAAGGGUUUGAAGUAAGAGGUUCGUUGAUUGACCACGUUACGAUAUAUACCACCGCCAUAACACUCGGUAAACCACCACGCCACUGCCGGGAGUUUGGGGAAUGAGGAUAUGUGACUGGCGAGAAGUGGGGACCGCAUCCGGAGCGGGAGACGGCCCGUGCAGCGAACCAUGGGUAGUCCAACCGCGGAUCGGAACAUCCGUAGUCUCCUCCGGCUUUGGAUUUUUUUCUUGUCAACACUUUCUAAAGGUGGCGAGCAAAGGUUGCCUGCUACCAGCGUGGCUCUGGUUUGGGUUAAUUCUUAUCGUGUGUAUAACCGGCUUCUCAUGGUGAAGAUAGAUGCGCUUCCUCCGGGGAAAGGAAAGGUGCGCUACUCUCAAUAUUAGAUCAGUGGAAGAGGCGGGGAACAGGAGGGUGACUGUCAGUAGCAGUGUCGCUUGAGGAUAAUAGCCACAGAGAAAGGAGAAGCAUCAAGCAACAGGAAAAGUUGCGAGGAUCUGGAGGAUGGAGGAAGGGGCUGGAUGUUGGUGGAACUGAUCGCAAGUGGCCUUUUUUUUUUUUUGCUAACGCCGGACGGACUACUCUUAGACGGAAACAUGUCCAUCACGAAGCAUGACGUUGACAAAGG